CCGCGCCGCCGCUCAGUCGCGUCGCAGGCGGGCGAGCGAUCAGUAGUGAACGGGUUCGCGAGUGGUGAGGUGUUGCGCGCGUGUGUGUGUGCGGGGUGUGCAGCGCGCGUAAAUAGAGAGGGCGAGAUAGUGAACCCCUUCUCCUCCUCUUCCUGCCUGCCUGCCUGCCUGCCACCUGCCUACCUGCCUGCCUGCCUACCUGCCUGCCUGCCUACCUGCCUGCUUGCCUGCCUGCCUAUCUACCUGCUUGCACUUCCUCCACCUCGACCGGCGUUACGGGAGCGAGGAAAAGAAAAACACAACACAGACUCUCGUCGCCUCAGCAUGCAACCUCCACCGAGAAAAGUAAGCAACCCCGAGUUUCCCCGAGGGUGGAAAAUCCCGUAGAGUUCAGUCUCCUGUACCAUUGGCACGCGAAAAUCGUCCUUACGACUUGAGGACCAAUUUCAUGCCGUCGAAGUGCACUGUAAAAAAAAGGAAAAAUCAUGUCAUGUAUGUCCGUCGUCGUGAUUGCAAAUGGGAACUUCGCGAAAUUCCUGAAGAAUGUGCAUACAGAACAAGCGGCAAAGUUGCAGGCAAAAAACCAGCAUGAGUGCGAUCUCCUGGAGGAUAUACGCAAUUUCACAAUAAAAAAGUCCGCUAUUGAGAAAUCCUAUUCCGAGGCGCUGCUGAAAAUAUCGUCCGCGUACUUAAACAAAAAGAUACCCAACAUCCCAGACCUUAAAGUCGAUGGAGCCGAAGAGAAAUGGAACAUGUGGAACGUAUGGCGAACAGUGCUCGAGGAAAACGAGAAACUGGCACGCGCGCGCCUCGCCGCCGUCGAGGUCUUCCAGCAGCAGAUCGCUGACGACGCCAAGAGCCUCAAGAUGCACAAGCUGCAAAUCUCCAAGAAGGCAAUCGACCAAUUACUGAUAGUACAAAAGGAGCUGCAGACCUGCGUGCAGGACGUGGACAAGACGAAGAAGUUGUACUUUGAUGAGGAACACAGCGCGCACGAUGUGCGCGACAAGGCGAAGGACAUCGAGGAGAAAUUGAAGAAGAAGAAAGGCUCCUUCUUCCAGUCGAUAACGUCGCUGCAGAAGAACAGCGCCAAGGUGAGCUCGAAGCGAGAUGCCCUGGAGGAGAAGUCCACCGGAGCGCGCAACGAUUACCUACUCAGCCUGGCCGCCGCGAACGCCCACCAGAACCGCUACUUUGUGGUCGACCUUCAGAGCACCAUGCAGUAUCUAGAACAGGGAGUUUACGACAAGGUGGCGGAGUAUCUGACUCUGAUGGGUCGCACGGAACUGCUCACGUGCGUCGCCACGCAGAACAGCUUCGGCAAAAUACGCGACCAAGCGCAGCAGCUCACUAGGGAGUACAAUAUCCAGUGUUGUUGUUUGUACUAUCCGGUCUUGAAGCAGCACAUCCAGUAUGAAUUCGAGGCGUGCGACCACGACCCGAUGGACAGGAUAACCGCCGAUCACGCGGCGGCGAACGCUCUCGGCAAGGAGGCACGUCGCUGGUCGACGAGGAUCGCCCGUGAGGUCAGCACCGUUCGCGAGAACAACCGGAAACUGCAGACGAUGCUGCAGCUUAAGGAGGCCGGCCAAAAGACUGAUCCGAAUGAUCCUAAUGGUCCAGACUUAGACACUAAGAUCGACGAGCUGAAGCACGCCAUUCGACGCGCCGAGACUGCAAAGCUCAAAGCGGAGGCAAGGAUAGAGUGUCUCCGGCACGGUGGAGUGAACGUGGACGAGUUCCUGCAAGAGGCCGAAACGCUCAGCGUGCAGGAUAUGCCGCGCUCGGCCAGUUCCCUCUCUGUCAGGACAGACGCAUCCGGUGCAGCGGAACAUCCGUCCUCAGACUCUUUCUACGACAGCGACGGUGACGGCGGCAGCGACUUGACAACUGUGGAACGUCCCGGGAGCGGCAGAAACGCGCCGCAGCAAGAAGAGGAAGUUGCCGCCGAAGAGAGACAGAGGCACGACAGCGCCGAGGUUGAUGCUUUGUUGGAGCAGGAAAAGCAACGAAUAGAAGAGUUGACGGCAGGUUGGGACGAUCCUACGGCGGUGGACUGGGACAACGAAGAGAAGGACGAGCAAGAGACGCGCGAGACACCGGAAAUGGUCUCCAGCCAACCCAUCUACAAGUGCACCGCUCUCUACUCAUACACAGCGCAGAAUCCAGACGAGCUGUCGAUUGUGGAGAGCGAGCAGCUGGACGUGGUCGGGGAGGGCGACGGCGACGGUUGGCUAAAGGCGCGCAACUACCGGGGCGAGGAAGGUUUCGUGCCGCAGAAUUAUUUGGACGUAGAGCGGGAGCCGGAAGGGCCAGCUUCCGGCGGCCUCUCUUCACAAGGCCCGGUGGGUCUGGUCCAGCAAAUCUCCUUCUCGUCCGUCGACUACACCAUCGAUGAUCACGACGCCGUCGAUCCUGACGCGAACCUGCACGACGCCGUCGCUCCUGACACCAUUGUACAAAAUCACAUCGGAGAGGUGGAGCAGUACUGCAUCGCACUAUACGACUACGACGCGACUUGCGACGAGGAGCUGAGCUUCCUCGAGGGCGACAUCGUCCGGGUGUUGCGCAAGGAGCCUCACGAAGUGGACGACGGCUGGUGGGAGGGAGAACUACGGGACGAGCGAGGCCUCUUCCCGUCUCUCAUCGUGGAACCCUGCGGGCCCGACGGUUCCCCUCUGACCCCGCAGGACGACGUAACGCCGCCAAGUUCUGCGCCUCCUGUCUUCACCCCGCCGGAAGUACCGGAGUUUUUAUUGGCCGAUGAGCUCGCUCAGUUGGAUGAAUCGCUAGAAGAGAAGCCGGUGAUGAACGGCGAAGGCGGUUUUGUAAUAAACCUGUCCAAGGACCAAAAGGACCAUUACGGCUCGCAGUUCGAGGACAAGCCCGAGGCGCCUGGUAUAUUAGUCGUGGAGGUAUCAGAUGAGUCGGGCGAUAAGGCGGAAAAGUCCGAAGAUUCCACGGCCGUUGAGGAAUCCGACGCGAAUCGCAAGGACGACUUCGAGCUGGGGGUAGCGCAGAUCGUUAUCACGGCGGCCACGCCGAUGGAGGAGAUCGAGCAUUCAUUUCCAGGUGCCGAGGAGGCCCCGGAAGACCAGGUGAAGUCUACCGAGAGCUCCGAGGGCGACCAAGAGGCUUCAAGCGUCGCUUCGGAUCCCAAUGAGAGCGAGUGCAAGGAAGAGGAGGAGGCCACCGUGAUUUUGGAUGAAAAGGAUGGCGAUGAGGGCGAGGAGAAGUCCACGAUCGACGAGCUUCCAGCGGACUCCGCGCCGUUCCCGAUCAGCAGUAGUUCCGGUAGCGAGGCGGACUCGACCGCUUCCGGUCCUAGCACGAACGAAAACUCCCAAUCGCGUGGAACAGUGGUGGAGGUGACGGAGGAGGGCGAGGCGGGGGAGGAGGGGGAGGAGAUGCCGGUAGGGGGAAAGAUGCUGGUCGGUGGACGAGCCAGCAUCCCUGAUGAGCUGCAGCCGGACCAGCUGGAAAAACUACAGAGUCUGAAAGAGUCGAAUGCCUAGGGUCCCAGCUGACCGGGCCGCGGCAGCGGGCCCGGCAGGCUCCUCGCCCUGCCCCAAGGCCACCCCGACCACUUCCGUCACCUGCUGAACUUCUGGCGCGCGCCUGACGUCCUCGCCAGGAAGGACUAAGGACUUGUCUAGAGACAAGGAAGGACUCCGAGACUGAGAUGUGAGACACGAGCGGUGACAGAGAUGAAGAUGAUCAUUCUUGUGGCUGUCUCGUCUUCGGGAUGUAGCUUUCUUAGCGUCCAAUACAAGAAUAAUCGCGCUUACAACUGCCCCCUAUCUGGAAUAGGAAAUGAUGAUAAGUCCGGAGGAAAUGUGAAUUAAUUAGUGUCGAGGACGAGGAUCGUCGAGUCUUAAUUAUUCUGAGGAUAAUCGAGAAGAGAUCGAUCAAAGCUAUAGAGAAAAAGGGGUUGACGUGCUCCAUCGUCGGAUGGAUUUCAACAUUGCGAUAAUCUGUUGUCGAGUUGCGAAGCUAUCUAUUAGGUAGAUCACCACGUUAAUCUAUUUAUCUAGCACAAUAACAAUUGAUUUCGAUGAGAAGUAAGAAGAUGAAGAGUAUCCGAGGCCGGGACAGCCGCAAUGGAUGGAUGAUGCAAUAUAUUCAUGGUCACCGAGAGAUUCUAUGCAAGACUUUAUAUAAUGUCGCACCGAAAUCUUGAGGGUUCACAACGCGGCAGCGGUCCGAUCUGAUCUCCUCGAGUUUCCGAGAAGAUCGAUGUUAACUAAAAUUUCCCAAUUCCCAAGUCGAGCCUCUUGAAUCUUUGAGGAACUGGUUCAGGCCACCGUCGCGCGUCAUACCUUUCAUUUCUAUGUCGACCUAUUAAUAUAAAAAAUUAAACAAAAAAAAAACCUGAGAAGGCAGGAUCACACUGACUGUGUCCUGUUGUUUGGGAUAGCUGAUCUCGGGUCGGUCGAAGCGGCCCAUCUAGCGAAUUUGACGAUUGAGGAGGGGCAAUAUAUGAAUGCGAUUAGAGAACGAUGUACAGUGCGAAUAUAUACGGGAGAAGAGGAGAAUUGUCGAUACCUAUCGAUAUUAGAGGACUGUAAAGCGACGAUGACGACGACACCCGCACGACGGUCGUCGGUGUACAUUUCAAAGGAAUUACACUGGUGUUGCAUGUAAAAGG